UUCCGCUCCGCAUUGCAGGUGUGCCAGUCAGAUGAUGUCGGCAGCUUAUUGGCUGGACUCCCUUCUUUGCCGUUCUCGGGUGCGACAGCAACAACCAGACAGCCUCCUUUGUUGUCUGCUCUCCAGGAAGAGACGAGGAGCCCUUGGCCUCUGCUUUUGGGCGCCCUUGUAGAUGUUGGUGGCUCUCACGUGGCCUGGACACGGAAUGUUUCCUUCCAGCCGACAUUGGUCAGGAGAGCGUCGAACAGCGGGGCAAAUGCGAGAGUGCCGAUGCCGCUCCCAGAUAUAGCCAGGCCUGCAGACGAGCACAGACGAGAAGAGGUUACAGUUGUGCGGUUGGUUGUCAGUCCGCUCACCGGUGGCAAACGCCAUGUGCUUGUCGAAGUGGAGUGGGAUGAUGGUGAUGGCAGCCAUCCUCGCUCGGCCCCAGCCGAGUCUGCUGACGACGCCCCAGGCGAGACAAAGGUGCCAUAAAUCAGUGGCGAAGGAGCAGAGAAGCAGACCGGGGACGAGCACGCCGCCCCUAGAGCCAUCCUGACCACAGAGACAACAGCGCCACCGUUGCCGCACUUGCCCAGUGAGUGUCACACUUCUCCCACUUCUGAGUCCGUAUCUCCCGCACUAAGACGCCAUUGGUGAAAGCAAACAGCAGGAAGCAUGCUCCUGCCAAACAAACAACAGUGUGCGUGUUACUCACCCAUGAUCUAUCCGGUGCUGGCCCGCUGAGUGCGUGUUGGUCGUGCAGACACGCACCGCCACCCAAUCGACAGUCAUGGGAGAGGCUCAGUCGAUGAUGCUGGCCGCGGGCGCUGCCACGUACCUGCGGCGAAGACCAGUGAUAAGCGCCCGCGUCGCGCCGCAGGCCUCCUGAAUCGCAGGAAAGAACACGCCCUGAAUCACACACACACGCGACGUCAGCAGAAGCGCAUCAUCUCCCGUGGCAUCACUCACAAAUGUAUUCCGAGAGCCAACCAGCCACGAACAAACAAGAAUCAGCCAUCCUCGCCUCCAGAC